AUGACAACAACCACAACAGUGAUAGUAGUAGGGGGGCCAGCCGGUACCGGUAAAACCACUCAAGGUGAAUUGAUAUCCAAAUAUUAUCAAUGUCCAUUUAUAGAAGGUGAUGCAUUACAUCCUCAAGAAAAUAUCGAUAAAAUGUCUCAAGGAAUCCCAUUAACUGAUGAAGAUAGAUGGGGAUGGUUAAAACAAUUAAGUCAAGUAUCAAGUAUAAAAGCUAAAGAUCUGAAAAAUAUCACCAAUAUUUCUGUUGUUUCAUGUUCAAUUUUAAAAAAAAAAUAUCGAGAUUUCAUUAAAAAAAAUUCUGUUGAUUCAUUGAUUAAUUUCAGAUUUGUAUUUUUAUAUACUACAUUUGAAGAAUUAAUGAAUAGAGUUGAAAAUAGGAAAGGUCAUUAUAUGAAAUCAGAUAUGGUGAAAUCACAAUAUGAUAUUAUGGAAAUUCCUAAAGAUGAAGAAUUGUUGCAAAAUGGUGGUGAUGCAAUUACUGUUGAUACAAGUGGUAAAUCACCUGAAGAAAUUUUUAAAGAAAUUAUUGGUACUGAUAAUAUCUUAUUAAAGAAUUGA